AUGGAAGUCCAUAAGGCCAGUUGGAAAGGUCAAAAGGUUGAGGUCAAAUACGUGCACAAGAGCUACACUGGGCAGGCAUACCGUCGGGCCUUUUACAGUCUAAACUUUGAGCUUCAGUUGAUGUCGAAGCCGUCGCUGCGCAAACAAAACAUCCCGAGCCUGCUUGCCGUAUGUUGCAGCAAAGACGACGACCUCACCACAUGCUUGGAGGCUUCAGCCUCGGUUGUUCGCCCAGGUAUCGCCGUUGAACUCGCACAUGAGCAGUAUCCAGACAUGCGACAUUUCUUCGACGGGGCUCGAAACAUGUUUCGGCCGAAGCAACUACCAUUUGAGACAAGUGCUGCCUUGAUCGCGGACAUUGCAGACGGCAUGGCGGCUCUUCAUCAUCACGACAUUGUGCAUGCAGACCCAAAGCCAGAAAAUAUUCCCCUCUAUCUAGACAGCCAGUCACCAAACGGUCUUGUAGCAAAAGUUGCUGAUUUCGGGCUUGUUGGAAUGACGACUUAUAGAGAACUAUUAGAGGUUAUAUGA